AUGAUUGUCAUUCCCUCGCACUGCUGCAUUCUGCCCUUAGUUUGGGGGCUCACCUUGUUAACGACUGCCGAGGCUACCACAGUAAGGGACACUGUAUCCAAUGCUGUAGCUGUUGUGCCAAAUCAGCAAAUGAAAACGCACACGCCAUCAAGACCGGAUGGUGAUCGCGAAUUGGUCGAGGAGCGAGUCUUUCCUACUUCGACUAUGACCGAAUUAGUUGAACAUGAGCUUCAGCCAUUUGCAGAUACAUUUGUUUCUAAAAAAGUGAUUGAUCAGCUGCAUAUGAUGAAGUAUGCCUCAAAUGAAAUGGAGCAUUAUGAUUUCGUGGAUGAUAAAGCACCGAAGGAUCAGAAAGCCGCUAUCGCAACUCUGUGUGACAGUUUGAAAGAUUAUAAGCUAACCCAACCUAUCCUUCCAAAAAUUUUCGCGACUGGAAAGACGGAGAAAAACAUUUUUCAUGAUUUUGCUAUAGCUGUGGAGAGAAAAUGGUGGUUGAGCAUUUCGACGAGUGAAAUGUACGAAGCUCUAGGAAUGCCUUCCGGCAUUGAUGAACAUGAAAACUUUGUUAAACAAUUGGGUCCUUUAAUUUGGGAUAAAGUUGAUUUUUUUGAAGAAGAGGAUUUCGUAGAGUUGAUGUUAACUAAAAUGCGAGAACGGUCAAAGGAUGAAAUUAUGUGGGCUCACCUUAUUUACAAGAUGCAGAGUGAGGGAAAUUUUUUUAAGCCUUAUAACGCUUUGUUUAAUAAUCUACUCCGGACAUACGACACGACUACAGGUGCUUACACACCCAUCGACGCUGUCAACCUUCUGACGAAUCCAGGUUUGCGGAGUGUUUACGGUUCCGCACUAAUAGCCGACGAAAGUGUCUGCAUCAAGUUAAGAGGCAAUUUAUUAGAGCUGUCACAAGAUGAACUGAUGUGGGCAAAAUUAAUGUACAUGCUGCGAGACGACGACAGGGCAAUAACUUUUUAUCCUUAUGUAUUUGACAAACUUCUUGUGCCAUAUAAACUUGAAGGUCGGCAGCUAUUGCCCAGCCAGGCUAUCACGUAUCUGACGAGCCAAGACUUUGUCUUAGAGUACGAAUCUUUGAUUGCGACAGCGAACGAUGUCGAUGCAUUGCUAUUGAAAAAGCUAAUUGAAAUCUCUGAAGAUACAUUCAUGUGGGCCAAAGUUCUGUACAUGUUACGUAAUGACGAAAGCCUCAAUGUGAUCCCGGGUAUAUUGAAUAAUCUCAUGGAUAGAUGGACGAAUUUCGGCGCACAUACCGAACAGAUUUCGUUGCAAGAAAGCUAUGAAGUCCUAGCGAGUACGAAUUUAUUGAGUUUUUCCUUGUUCAAGCGGCUGAUAAAUGACAAUUCCGAUGUCUCUGUGCUAAAAGUUCUGCGAAUGCGAUCGACAGAUGAAUUCACGUGGGCUGGCGCUCUAUAUUAUUAUACAAAAGAGAGUGAGCUAUAUUCGUAUAUUUUCUCCGGUGUGCUCGACGCACUUCUCCACUCGUGGGUCGCAAAACCAUAUAAUUCGGUUGCAGCUACAGAAAGCAAUCGCAUCCUCAUUAGCGCAUAUGAAUUAAUGUUGAACUGGGUUCCCGGAAUCAUGUCUCACCAACCAACUUUUUCGGAUCUCGAUAACAUUCUGAUCACAUUGCGUAGUCAUUCGAAAGACGAUUUGAUGUGGGCUUGCUUUAUGUACAAGCUAAAACACAACAUAGAGUUUAGCAGUGUAGCUUCCAAGGUGUUUGACAUGCUGCUAUCGACGGGAAAGAUAACAAAAAAAAUGCCAGCACAGCAUCCUACAGCCAGUCGUUGCAUCGCCAUUCUGACGGAUCCGUCCUUACCAUCAACGACCAAAGUGGAGACUUUGAAAGAAUCGUCUUUUGAUGAACUCAUGUCGGCCAAACUAUUACACAUGUUGCGCACCAUGUACAAUGAGCAGGCUGAUUCUCUGCACAACAAGUUGUUACAAAGUCUGCUUGAAAAUUGGACGAUAAUUUGGACAAGGAAAAAAAAUCUUAAAAAAUAUAGAAGCGAUUCUUUGGAAAAAACCAGUCUUGGCAAAAUGAUAGCUUUCGCGAAAUUUUCGAGUGAUAACCCCAGUGAAUUUCUGCUGAAGGAAUUACAAAAGCAAAAAAUAAAUGAAGCUACAUUUGCUGUACAGAUACGCGAGUUGUCGAAAUCCAAUGAUGAUAUAGAGGGCUUGUUAUGCGCUCUUUUUCAAUCAUGGAUUGGAAAGCCGUUUGAUGGAGGUGUGAAAUCAGAAGAAUUCGCGAGACUUAAAACAGCGUUUGACUUAUUGAAUGACCAUAGCCAUUGGCAAGAAUGGCAGAAGCUGGAUGACAAAGACUUUUCGCUUGUACUCCGAAAUUUAUCUGAAAUCUCAAAUGAUGAACUCAUGUGGUAUCGAUUUUUACGCAAAUUACAGUACGACACAUCCUUCAGCGUCUCGUUGGCUGAAUUGACACAACCAGAAGCGUUGCAAGAAACUGUGUGUCUCCUGUCACACUUUGACGUGGCUACAAGCAAGUGUCUAGCACCUAAAGCUGAAUGUGGCUUUUGCAAAUUUAUGAAGGCAGGUCCGUGUGGUAAGGGUUUUUCUACGUGGGAAACAUGUCUAGACGAUUGCAAGAAAAGCGGUGACGACUUUAUCGAGAAGUGUGGACCACAGACACUUGCACUGCGUGACUGUGUUGAAGCUAAUCCAGAGUAUUACCAUGUUUGGAAUGAUAGUCCUGAACAGAGCGACAUCGAGUAG